UUAUAUAAAAAAUUAAAUCCAUAGCGUUCAGCUAUAUUGCCGCUUGAUUGAUAUUGAUUGAUAAAUGGAAAAAGAAUGAGCACUGAGUUUUGUCAAGACAAGGAUUUAUUGCAGAUCAAUAUGGAGAUUAUAGCCAAAGAAUUAUGUGAUUUAAUAGUAACUGCUGAACAAGAGGCACGCCCAGAGAACGCCCAGGCAACGAAUUUGGAACACGUAUCGUUUCCAAUGCCCCCUCAUGAGCCGAUACCAAUGCCAAUGCCAGCAAAUUCAUGGCUAUAUAACACUUGUUAUAAACAACACCAAAAUGGAGUAACAAAUGGUUUUCAAAAUGUGUAUUUUAAUCAGUUCUAUCAUUCGCCUCCGAGCUGUCAAGCAAACACGUUUCAUACGUCCGGACCAACGUAUUUUAAUGAUCUUUAUCCAACUUUGAGAGAAAUGCCUACGUCACUUAUCAAUUCUAUCCCUUGCGAACAAUCGUCACCGGAGUGUGAAAUUCGUUAUUUGCCUCGGAAUUCGUUUCUAUCUAGCAUACAAUCUACGCCGCUUAUUUCAAUAAGCGCUCAACCCAAUGGCCAAUGCAGUCACUUUAAUAUGCAAAAACAUCGCAAAUUUUCGCGAAAUCAUAGUCGAAAUCCUAAGUUUAGAAUGGAAACUCGCGAUUAUAGCAAAAUCGUUGUAGAUUUCUCAAAGUUGGGCGUGUCCAUCGAUGGCAAAGAACCGAAUCAGGUGUUGCGUUUAUUCCGUUUGCUGCGUGGCUUACAUGCUGCAAUCGGUGAGAUACCGCCAUCACCGGUUGCUUGUGCCGACAGUGAGUAUGUAGAUACGUUCGCCCGGCCGCCUCCUAUUGAGAUGCCCAUCACUAUGAGUGUACAACAUCAGGUGAAGUACGCAUGUCGCAAACUCUACGGUUUCAUAAGUGAUACGCAUUGCAAGUUAAUUGAAAACAAAGUUUUUGAUUAUCCUUCAUAUAACGAAAACGAGCAUCAUUUGAAUUAUUUACGCCGAUUAUAUGAACAAUUGGGAAAGUACAAAGGCAUAGAGUUGCAACAUAAUCGCGGUCAUUUCAAUGGUGAAGAUAUUACAACAACGGAAAAUUUGGAAUUUUUAUUGCAAGCAAUUAAUCAAAAAAUACGUGAAAUACAUUUACGUGUUGCAUCUACCGAUUGGUUUAUUGGUAUCAAAAAUCGUGACCCUGAUCUUGCCAGAGCAAUAUUAGGCAAAGACGAAAUGGAAUCAAAUAUGAGUGAAACUAAUGGCAUUUUGUGCAAUACUACUACUCUAACGACUUAG